AUGAACAAAUUAUCCGAGCUCCCGAUGCCAGAGGUGGAUCACAGAAAGAUCCUCAUCUACCCCAGCUUCAGUGGUCAACCAACGGAUCGAGCUAUAUUGCGAUUGGUUCAAGAUUUUACAUUUGUUCACGACGUUCGCAAAAGAUGGGAUAUUGUCUUCGAGAUCCCUUUCAACAAGAGUCGACGCUGGAAUAUCGUCAUUGCAAGAGAGGCAGCCGAUAUUAUGGCUGAUGACGACGAGCUGAUCACGUUCCACGUCUUUCUAAAAGGUGCACCGGAAGACAUUGUCGAAAAAUGCGGCUAUAGUUUGGAAGAAUUGGUGCGAAAGCCAAUUGAUGACGAUUUUUUGUUGCGAUAUAAGGAGACUUACACACUUUUUGCGAGAAACGGCUUGAGCAGUAUUGGGCUGGCUCAUGGGACUUUUGACGCGUUGGCCGGGACGGAAUUUAGUCAGCAGCUAGGAAAUUUUGUACAAGAUGGACUAACCCUUGUCGGGAUCUGCGGACUUUCCGAUCCGCCAAGGCCCGAGACGAGGCGUCAAAUUGAGGCUAUGGCAAAUGCUAACAUAAAGCUUCAUCUGGUGACCGGGGAUCAUCCUACAGCGGCGGCUGCUGUGGCGGAAAUGGUUGGAAUGGGGCCACAGCAAGAAGUCUGCGUAGUGUCCGGUGAUAUCAUCGACUCACUGUCCGAUGCGGAAUGGGACGUACUAUUAGAACAAAAACAUGCCGUAUUCGCCAGAACGUCCCCGCAGCAAAAGAAAAAGAUUGUUGAAGAAGCCCUAGCCCGCGGGGAGUCCGUCUGUGCCACCGGGGAUGGCAUUUUGGACGCUCCUGCUUUGCGGGCAGCGAAUGUUGGGGUGGCUAUCAAUUCAUCUGGUGGUGCCUUCGCGAAAGAAACGGCCGACGUGCUCGUGCCGGAUGGAAAUUUGGGGAAUAUUCUGACGGGCAUUGAGCAAGGGCGAUUGUUAUAUGAGAAUUUGAAGAAAACGAUCGCAUAUACACUUGCCCACCUUCUCCCCGAGCUGGUCCCCGUUUUUAUGACUUUUGUAUUUGGCUGGCCGCUAGCGCUUGGCACCAUGCAGGUAUUAACCAUUGAUCUCCUCACCGAGCUACCUCCAUCGAUCUCGCUCAUCUAUGAGUGCGCGGAACGUGAUCUCAUGCGAAAGCUUCCACGACGACUUCACCACCACCUUGUUUCCCGUUCUCUUCUUUUCUAUGCUUACAUUAUUAUGGGCUCUUUGCUAACUACUGGCUGCUAUGCAGCUUAUAUCUUUGUUUUUUGGCAUCACGGUAUCGCGCCUUGGGAGCUGGGAGGUACCGUGCAUAAGCAUUGGUUUGCUGGCGGGGAGAAAAUUAUGACUGAAUCCGGUCUACUCUUUGAUGGUGUCAAUCAAGAAAAAAUUGCGCACCAAGCCGCUGCAGCCUAUCAAAUAACGUUAGUCGGGGCUCAGUUGAUCCACCUUCUAAAUUGCCGAACUCGUCGGCUGUCGAUCUUCAAGCAUUCCCCGCCACGAGUUCAAACCCUAUUUGCUGUGUUAAUUUCAUUGAUUAUGGUUGUUGCGUGUGUUUAUAUUCCAGGAAUCAACCAAAUCGUCGGUGUCGCCCCUCCGCCGGUGAUCGUUUGGGUGUUCCCGUUUGCAAUUGGGGUUUUGAUUACCGUAUUUAAUGAGAUCCGAAAAUACUACAUUCGCCAUAGUCCUGCAAACCCGAUUGUCCGCUUCUUCAAGUGG